UUUACAAGGGCCCAUACCAUCAUCAUCCUGUUGGUACGCGGUUCUGAUCUGCUUUGGUGUGGUGGUCAUGGAGCUGGGGUUGAGUUUGGGGGAUGCCAUGGCGGACGCCGGGAGGGAGCUGGUUCUCGGGCUUGGGGUUGGCGGAGCGGGGUCGGCGGGGAGGGAGGAGCGGGGGCGCAGGGAUCUGGAGGUCGCCGCCGCCGCGAUGAGGUGCGGCUCUUCGCCGGAGCCGUCCAUGCGGCUCGCGCUCCUGCCCAUGGCGCCCACCCUCGGCUUCCCGUGGCCGUCCGACAGCAGGCAUUUGGAAGCGUCCACGCGGGGCUUCGACGUGAACCGGGCGCCGUCGUGCGGCGCGUCGGCGUGGGGCGCGUACUCGGCGGCGGCGGCGGCGGAGGAUGAGCUGGAGGACGCCGCCGCGGCGGGCGCGGCCGUGUCGUCCUCGCCCAACGACAGCGGCGGUUCCUUCCCGAUGGACUUCUCCGCGCACGGCGAGCGCGGGCCCAGCGACGCCGCUCAGGGCGGCGGGUCCCGCGGCAGCGACGAGGACGACGGCGGGUCGGCGCGCAAGAAGCUGCGCCUCUCCAAGGAGCAGGCCGCGUUCCUGGAGGAGAGCUUCAAGGAGCACAGCACCCUUAACCCGAGGCAGAAGGUGGCGCUGGCGAAGCAGCUCAACCUCCGGCCGCGCCAGGUGGAGGUGUGGUUCCAGAACCGCAGAGCCAGGACGAAGCUGAAGCAGACGGAGGUGGACUGCGAGUACCUCAAGCGCUGCUGCGAGACGCUCACGGAGGAGAACCGCCGGCUGCAGAAGGAGCUGGCCGAGCUGCGCGCGCUCAAGACGGUGCACCCCUUCUACAUGAACCUCCCGGCCACCACACUCUCCAUGUGCCCUUCCUGCGAGCGCGUCGCCUCCACCUCCGCGCCGGCGGCCAACUCCUCCGCGUCGGCGGCGACAUCCAACGCCGGUGGCAGCAUUGCGGCGGCCACCGCCGCCCCGCCGGAGCGCAGGCCGUCGUCGUUCGCCGCGCUGUUCUCGUCGGCCCGUGGCUUCCCCAUGGCCGCCCAGCCGGAGACGCAAGCACCGUCGAGCUAGCUAGCGAUUUCGCCGGGUCUCUUCUUCGCCCCCGGCGAGCGGCGG